GGGACUGCUAGGAUCAUCAUUUCUGCCGCCCUCACUACAGGCUGACCAGGCUGCUUCACCAUCAACUGCCAAUCAUGGCCGAAUGCCCCGUCCCACCACGCCAGCUGUUCAUCGGCGGUGCUUGGGUCCCUCCGAUUAAGGGGCAGUAUAUGGAUGUAAUUAACCCUGCAACGGAGAAGCCGUUUACGAAAAUCCCAGCUGGCACGAGUGAGGAUGUAGACGCCGCUGUGGCCGCAGCCACCGCGGCUUUCAAGUCUGGUCACUGGAGUCGCACAACGGGAGAGUAUCGCGCCAAAUUCUUGCGGGCUAUCGCGCAAAAGAUUCGCGAUGACAAGCUGGUGCUAGCUAAGACCGAAACCAUGGACUGCGGCAAGCCUAUCGACGAGGCGGAGUGGGACAUGGACGACGUGGCUACCUGCUUCGACUACUAUGCCGGCCAAGCCGAGGCGCUGGACGCGCGCAACGGCCCCUCCGCCCCCGCCAUUGAUGUGGGCAUGGCCGAGUUCGAAGUGCGCGUGCGGCGGGAGGCGCUGGGCGUGGUGGGCCUCAUCACCCCCUGGAACUACCCGCUGCUCAUGGCCACGUGGAAGGUUGCCCCCGCACUAGCCGCCGGCUGCUGCUGCGUGCUGAAGCCCAGCGAGCUGGCCUCGCUGACCUGCCUGGAGCUGGCGGCGGCGGCGGAGGCGGCGGGGCUGCCCCCCGGGGUGCUCAACGUCGUGACGGGCACCGGGGCGGAGGCGGGGGCGCCGCUGAGCGCCCACCCCGGUCUGGCCAAGGUUGCCUUCACGGGCAGUGCCGCCACGGGUCGGCGGGUGGCGCUGGCGGCCGCCGGCAACCUGCGUCCCGCCUCCCUGGAGCUGGGCGGCAAGAGCUGCCUGAUCGUGUUCGAUGACGCGGAUGUGGAGAAGGCGGUGGAGUGGGCCAUGUUCGGCGCCUUCUGGACCAACGGGCAGAUUUGCUCCGCCACCAGCCGCCUGCUGGUGCAGCGGGGGGUGGCGCCCGCCUUCCUGGAGCAGCUCAAGAAGAGGGCGGAGGCGAUCAAUGUGUGCGACCCGCUCACCCGGGGCUGCCGGCUGGGUCCGCUGGUCAGCGAGGGGCAGUACCGCCGGGUGCUGGACUACAUCCAGUCCGGCAAGUCGGAGGGCGCGCAGCUGCUGACGGGCGGCGGGCGCCCCCCCGCCCCCGCCCUGCCCCCCCGCGGCGGCUACUGGGUGGCUCCCACUGUGUUCACCGGCGUGCAGCCGCACAUGCGCAUCUGGCGGGAGGAGAUCUUCGGUCCGGUGCUGUCGGUGGCGGUGUUUGACAGCGAGGCGGAGGCGGUGCAGCGGGCCAAUGACAGCGAGUAUGGGCUGGCAGGUGCCGUCAUCAGCGGCUGCCCUGACCGCUGCCGCCGUGUGAGUGAGGCGCUGGAGUGCGGCAUCGUGUGGGUCAACUGCUCGCAGCCCUGCUUCUGCUACGCCCCCUGGGGCGGCAUCAAGAACAGCGGGCACGGUCGCGAGCUGGGCGAGUGGGGGCUAGAGAACUUCCUGUCCGUCAAGCAGGUCACCAAGUACGUGUCCAAGGACACGUGGGGCUGGUACAGCCCGCCCUCGCAGCAGGGGGAGCAGCAGGAGGGGCAGGGGCAGGAGGGGCAGUCGCCGU